UACCCUCCAAAACCCCUCCAGCGCUUGCUUCUCUCUCUGUUUUUCGCUUUAUUCUAAGCUGGCGAGGAAGGUAAGGUAAAGUCACACUGCGCGGAUGGUGAAGCACCACCACCGCAUCUACGUUCUUCAGCUGCGAAAGAGCGAGUCGGAGCAGAGCUGCCAGCACCACCAGCACCACCACCUCCCUCCCGUCAUGUACUACUACGAGGACGGUCUGGCUAGCUCCAAGAUCAAGCAUGCUUUCAGCAAGCCCGGCAUGAUCAGUCUCCGCCGCCGUCGCCAGCUCGUCUGCCUCCUCUCCUCCCUGGCUCUCGCUCUGCUCAUCUUCUUCUUCUUCUCCUCUUCCUCCCCUCCAGUACUCUGCCCCCUUCUAUACUCUUGCGGAGGCCGCGGCGGCGACGUGAUUAGCAAGCGAGAGAGCAGGCUGCCCCCGCCCCCUUGCUCCUCGAGAAUGAACAACACAAUCUGCUGCGACCGGACUGCACUCCGAACGGACAUCUGCUUCAUGAGAGGAGACGUCCGCACGCAAUCCUCCUCCAACUCCAUCCUUCUCCUCCCGUCCGGCUCCAACGAUACCGCUAGUUACGCGGAGCAGAGAAUCCGACCCUACACCCGAAAGUGGGAGGCGAGCGUGAUGUCCACCAUCGACGAGCUCACCCUCCGCCGCGCCGCCGGCCCCCGCUGCGACGUCCGGCACGAGGUGCCCGCCGUGGUGUUCUCGACCGGCGGCUACACGGGGAACGUGUACCACGAGUUCAACGACGGCAUCAUCCCGCUGUACAUCACUGCGCGGCAGUACAACCGGAAGGUGGUGUUCCUCGUGCUGGAGUACCACGACUGGUGGGUGACCAAGUACGGCGACGUCGUCUCCCGCCUGUCCGACUACCCGCCCGUCGACUUCUCGGGGGACCGGCGGACGCACUGCUUCCCGGAGGUGGUCGUCGGGCUGCGCAUCCACGACGAGCUGACGGUCGACGCCGCGAGGAUGCCGGGCGACAGGACCGUCAGGGACUUCCGCCGGCUGCUCGACGAGGCGUACAAGGGCCGGAUUCGGUACAUCGAGCGCGUCGAGGAGCGCCGAAUGCUCAGCCCCGGGAACAGCCUCAUUCCGCCCGCGCCGGUGGACCCGCGCAAGCCCAGGCUCGUCAUCGUCUCCAGGAGCGGCUCGCGCGUGAUCGAAAAUGAGGCGGAGCUCGUGCGCGUCGCCGAGGAGACCGGCUUCCAAGUGCAGGUGCUGCGGCCGGAGCGCACGACGGAGCUGUGCAAGAUCUACCGGGCGCUGAACUACAGCGACGCGAUGAUCGGAGUGCACGGGGCGGCGAUGACGCACUUCCUGUUCAUGCGGCCCGGGAAGGUGUUCAUACAGAUCGUGCCGCUGGGCACCGACUGGGCGGCGGCCACGUACUACGGCGAGCCGGCGAAGAAGAUGGGGCUGUGGUACACGCAGUACAAGAUACUCCCCAAGGAGAGCUCCCUCUCCAGAGAGUACCCGAGGGCAGAUCCUGUAUUAACCGAUCCUGAGAGCGUGGCGAAGACGGGGUGGGAGGUGACGAAGAAGGUUUACUUGGACAGGCAAAACGUGAGGUUGGAUUUGGAGAGGUUUCAGAAGAGACUGGUGAGAGCGCAUCAGUAUCUGAUCUCCUCCUCCUCCUCGACAAGGAAGAAGAGGCACAAGGGGGCGCACAAGAAGCAGCUGCACCACGGGUGGGAGAGGUGAAUGAGAAUGAGGAUGAUGGUUGGUUAAUUAAUUAACUCUAAUUACUAAAUUAAAUUGCUUUGGUUUGUUUGAUGAUACUUAAUUUUGUGGGGGGGAGAUUAUAUAUGGUGUGUAUAUAAUGGGGGUUUAAACAAUUAAUGAUGUGGUGGACUAAUUGUGUGCUGUAUGGUUCUCUUUUUGGAAUUGAUUACUUUGUUGCCAUGCACAAAGUAUGCCUAA